CCCAGCGCCAUUUCCCUGCUCUCUGGGUGCGGCUGUUUUCUUCACCGGUUUGCCAUAAGACUGUGCUUGAGACCAGUGAGGGCAAUGGAGGCGACUUCUCUGAGUUCAGAGCCUCUGGACCCCGUGGGGCCCCUUGAAGCCUUGUGCCGCCGGGGAGUCCUGCUGGCUGUCCUGCUGCUGUUCUUGCUGCCAUUUACUUUGGGUCAGUGCCCUGCCCUAUCACCAUUAUCUUUUGCCAAACCUAUGAAUCCAACUGAUGAAUCCUUGUUUCCCAUUGGAACAUCUUUGAGGUAUGAAUGUCGCCCAGGAUUUGCCGGGAGGAAGUUCUCCAUCACCUGCCAACAAGACUCAACCUGGACAAGUGCUGAAGAUAAGUGUAUACGUGAACAAUGUAAAACUCCUUCAGAUCCUCUGAAUGGCUUGGUACAUGUAUACACAGGCACUGAAUUUGGAGCCUAUAUUAAUUUUACUUGUAAUGAAGGAUACCGCCUCAUUGGUUCCUCCUCUGCUUCAUGCAUCCUCUCUGGUAGAACUGUAGUUUGGGAUGCUGAGCCACCUGUUUGUGACCGGAUUCCUUGUGCGAUGCCCCCAGGCAUUCCCAAUGGAUUCUUCCGUCCUACUGAAGAUUUUCAGUAUGAAAUGGUGGUUCACUAUCACUGCAACACUGAUUCGAAAGGGAAGAAGCUCUUUAACCUGGUUGGUGAGCCCUCCUUAAAGUGUACCAGCAAUGAUAAUCAAACUGGAGUCUGGAGUGGCCCUCCUCCUCAGUGCAUUGAACUCAACAAAUGUACUCCUCCUCCCCAUGUUGAAAAUGCAGUCAUGGUGACUGAAAACAGAAGCUUGUUUUCCUUAAGGGAUAUUGUGGAGUUUAGAUGUCUACCUGGAUUUACCAUGAGAGGAGCCAGCAGUGUGCAUUGUCAAUCCCCAAACAGAUGGGAGCCAGAGGUACCAAGCUGCUUCAAGGUGAAACCCUGUGAUCCUUUCCUGGACCAGCUUCCUAAUGGGCGUGUACUGUUUCCAAUAAAUCUUCAACUUGGGGCCAAAGUGUCCUUUGUUUGUAAUGAAGGGUAUCAAUUAAAAGGCAGUUCUUCUAGUCAUUGUGUUCUUGAUGGAGUGGAAAGCAUUUGGAAUAGCAGUGUGCCUGUGUGUGAACAAGUGAUAUGUAGACUCCCUCAGGAUAUGACUGGACUCCAGAAGGGUUUGGAAAUGAAGAAAGAAUAUUACUAUGGAGAUAGUGUAACUUUGGAGUGUGCGGCUGGGUACACUCUGGAAGGCAGUUCUCAGAGCCAGUGCCAGUCAGAUGUCAGCUGGGAUCCUCCUCUGGCCAAAUGUGUAGCUUAAAGAACCUUGAAAUACCCACGAUUCAACUCACAGACCACAUGAAGCUCAUGAAGAAGGAAGACCAAGUUGGGGUGCUUCGGUCUUUCUUUGAAGGAAUAAUAAAAUACUCAAGGUAGCAAAUAUGGAGACAAAGUGAGGGACAGAACCUGGAGGGGCCAUCUGG